UCCAUCAACAUGUUUGUAAAACUGGCAGUAUUAGCUUGCUCUGUGGCAGUAUCACUCGGGGCCUACAAUGGUCCAUUGGCUGGUGGCCUUCCGGCUUCUCAAUACCCAGCCGGAAUCGAUCCAGCUUCUUGUCCCAAUUUUCCUAACUGUGACAAUCCUCUGGUAGCCAUCAGCAACGAUCCACAAUCCAGAGCUCUAUUCCAAGCAGCACCUCAACAACAAUACCAACCUCAACUUCAGUACCAACCUCAAUACCAACCUCAAUACCAACAACCCGCCCAGCUUGCCCAAUACCAAGGUGCCGUAUCCAAGUACAACCCAGUGCUCGGAUCUCAGUACCAAGCCACCCCCACUCAACAGUAUAGUCCUGACGUACAGAAUGCUCUUAACGAAGGAAAAUAUAUUGGGGAUGGUGAUUACCAUGGUGAAGGACUUGCUGAAGCUCUUGCCCCAGGUUAUCAAGGACGCGCUGCUACUUACCAACCUCAACAACCGGCAUACCAACCACAAGGAUAUUCAGCACCACCCCAAUACAGUGGUGUCCCUGCUGUCCAGGGUCAACCACAACCAGCCCAAAUUCCAGCUGGUGUGGACGCCAAUGCUUGUCCAAACUACCCUUACUGCCACUAGUUUCAAUAUAUAAUAUGUUAGACUGCCAGCUGACAAAUGUGAUUGUUGAAUUAAUUUUAUUCUUGUAAAUAUAUU